AUGACGUCGCUAGACCUGACGAUUCUGUCGCGUCUUGAUGAGCUUAAACAGCAGUGUCAUGAGCUCUGUGAUAUUGAAAAAGAGCUCGUGACAAGAGGGCCCAAGACUGGAAUGACUGGUGAGUUUUUCUCGAGUAUACAGCUUUGGAAGGAGCGUUCUUUGCAUCAAGUACUCGAGUCAUUGGAUAAAGCAGGGGUUGCAUCCAUAGACAACCACAUUGAGGCAAUGGAACAUCAUGAGAAAGCAGCCAAAGAUCUCUUCGAAUUGACUCGGGGGUGUUUAAUCCGCACAUGGGAUGGUAUAAACCUCGUUCUUGACGGCUUUGCAGAUGAUCUCGCAGAUCUCGUGGAUAAUAUCGUCACAUCAAGUCUGGAGGAGCAGGGAUUAAUUCAUGAAAAGGUCGUGAAAGAUUUGAAAGAUGAAAAUCAGAAGCUCACUAGAACGUGUCAAGAUCUAGAAAAUACCAAAUCAUCCCUGGAAGAGCGUCUUGAGUUACUUGAAAACACUUCAGACGCCGGUGGAGACGCCAUUCUGUGCAACAAAUUACGACUUAGAAUCCAGCAUCUAGUAAUUCGACAACGUGAACUCUCAACGGAACUCGAAAAUGCAGCACGGGAGCGUGUGAAGCAUCGACGGGAACUGGAAAAGACCAGGUCGCAACUAGCUGAAUUGCGAAAAUCCUUAGCUUUAACGCGAGCUAUGCACGACAAGGAGACCAGACAGCUCGCAGCAAUGAUAAAUCUAAAUCAUUCUCAAGUUGCCCAGAUUCUGGAAACAUCUAGAAAUGCUACAGAUUCUAAACGCCAUCAGGAAUCGCUUGAGAGAUUUGAUCCUCUAUCAGGAUGCACGAUCGUCCACUUGACUCCAGUGUCACCCCCACACAAGCCUCCAGGCUCCCCGCCCUUUACUUCUCAUCGACGUGCGAGUUCUCCAAUACUAGCGUCACCCGUUCGGAAGAAACAAGAACCACCAAAUUACCAGACCCAGUUCUGCUCGCCACCAACGUCUAAAUUCUGA